UUCAGCUACUACAAAUCUAACUUUAGAUUUAUUCCCGAAAUAACCACUGUCUUCGGUUCUCUUCCUUCAUACCGUGCUUCACUUUAGUUGUGACCUGCCUUUUUUGAAUUUCACAAGCCUUUCGGAUACACCUGACUUUCAUCUGAUAAUGACAUGGACGCACGGUAGAAAGAACAAAAAAUGGAAUGAAAGAAGGGAUACUUAGAUUUCGCAUAAUCUUCUAAACAACUUUUAUAGACAUUCGUUCUCCUUCGAUGCGCUACCAAGUGCUGAGACCGUUUGUUUCCAAUGGCGGCAUGGAUUAAUUUUGCUGCUGUUUGAUCGUUAAGCUCCAUCUAUAUAAGAUUAAACUUAUACUGUCAUCGCGAUUUACAGAUAUUUGGAUAAUGGAUAGCGAGGUUUCUGAAAUCGUUGAAACUUUAACUGCCGAAACGGUUAAGGAAGAGAACGAGACAAAGCCAAAUGAUUAUGUUAAAGAUAAAAAAAAUUUCAAAAAGGAUGGAUCCAAAAAGAAAGAUGACAGGAGUGCAGAACGAGUGUUGAAGAGUCUUAGUAAUCUUGAGAGUUCUGAAGAGAAAUUAGUAGCUAUGUGUAAAAAAUAUUCUGAGGUUAUCGAUGAAAAUCGAAAGUUACAAUUGGCCUUAAAACAAUCAGAGAAAAAAGUAAUUAUGAUACAACGUGAGAAGGAACAAGUUCAAGCUGAACGUAGUAAAGCUGUUUUAGCUCGAAGUCGACUGGAGAGCCUAUGUCGAGAACUUCAAAGACAAAAUAAAGCAGUGAAAGAUGAAAGUUUAUUGAGAAUUCGAGAAGAGGAAGAAAAACGUAAGGAAUUCUCUUCACAGCUUCAAAAUGCUUUCACUGAAGUAACCGCACUUAUGAAUCAAUGCAAAGAAAACAAUAGUGCUAUGGAAAAAUGUCAUGCAACCAGUGUCAAAACUUCAAAGAAUUUUGACAUUAUGUGUAAACAAUAUGAUCACAGCUUGCGCAUAAUAAAACAGUUAAACGAACAAAUGAUACUAGAAUCACAAUUACAUGAAGCAAAAUUAGCGAAGGCCAAAAUGGAAAUGACAGCUGAAAAGGAGGCGUUGUUAAAAGAAAAACAGCAACUUUUAUUGAAUUUAACCGAGCAACAGAUGCAGAUAGGAGAAUUGCAGGCAAUGGAAACUAGUCUACGAAGUGAGCUUAGUAUAUACACUGAUAAGUACGAUGAAUUCCAAAAUGCUCUUACGAAAAGCAAUAGUGUGUUUGGUGGAUUUAAAGAAGAAAUGGAGAAGAUGUCAAGUCAAAUAUUGAAACUUGAAAUGGAAACGCGAACGUGGAAACAACGUUGGGAGAACAGUCAAACGGCUCUUUUAGAAAUGGCAGCGGACAAACAACAGAGGGACGCCGAAUUUGCAACAACCUGUAAAAAAUUGACACAACUCAAACAAUUAUGUAGAACGCUGCAAAACGAAAGAACAUCUCUAUUAGCACAAUUAAGAGAAACAAAUACGACGACCAACCAGAAAUGUAACGAACAGACUGAAACGCGGGAAAGCACGGAGUCGCCGAUUAAGCAACAGGAUGUUGAGUCUAAGGAUGAGGAACAGCCACAGGAUAAAUUAACUGAAAAUGACCCCUUGGCUGAACCGGCGAAACAGGAAGAACAAGAGAAAGACCAACAAGAAGAGGAAAUUACAGAUAGCCAAAAUAAAACUGAUGAUGAAGAGCAGCACAGCAACACUAGACAAGCAGAAAUUGACACACCAACGGAAACUGUCGAGGAUUCGUUACCGAUUGAACAUCAAGAAAAAUCACAAAUAUCAUCUGAGAAUAAUGAACCAACCCUUCCCGCGGAAACGGAAGUCGCAACGCAACAUGAAUGUGAGGAGGAAGCCAAACAUAGCAGCCCUAAAGGAUGAAACUUGAUUUAACGUGGACAAAACAAAAAAGGAAGAGAAGGAGACAAAAUGCGAGUAUUUUCUUGAGACCAAAAUCCUACACCGAACUGCAAAGUACAUCUACUCAUGUACUACAAAGCCAAAUACAAAUCAAAAUUGAAAUGAUCCCUUAUUUAUUCGUAUGUAUAAGGAAAGCUAAUAAUUUCGAGAAUAUUUGACACGAUGGUAGUAUUAUUAUUGUCACCGUGUAGUGAUAAAACCACCAAUUAUAAAUCUGGACGAACCUGCUAGUGUUAGCUAAUCAUGUAAGAAUGUUGAUGAUUUUGUGUAGUUUUUCACGCGAAUUUUCUAAUGCGAUUUAUUGAUUAACGAAAUAAAUUAACCAAUUAUCUCAUAUUUUAGUUAGACUGUUAGGCAAUAGCAGUCUGUACAACGUGUUUUGAUAAAACUAUUAUUUUAUAAUAUCAGUGCAAUUCAUAUCUUCCUAAAAAUUGUAAGAAAUUUUUUUGUUGUCAUUUCCAUUUCAAUGCAAAUAUAUGUGGAGCUACAUUGAAUUCUGUUGCGAAUUUCCUAAUUUAAGCCUGCGUUAAACAUCCAAUGCCAAUCGUUAUAACGAUAUUUUUCGUUUUCGAUCAAGCAUUGAAAGUCAGUGUAGCGUUAUUAUCGCAGAAUAUCAAUUAUUUUACUUUUACCUUGUAUCGCAGUUA